AUGGUCAGAACGCAAGGGCAAACUGCGCGCAUCGUCGCACGCAGGGCGCCGAGUAACGGACAACUACGAUGCCUCCCCUCAGAGCUCAUUGCGAGAAUAGUCGAGAACCUCGACCUCGACUCGAUUAAAAGCUUUCGCCUCGCGGGUCGUUUCACCGCUGCACAAUGUCUGAUACCGCCUUUCUUGCGCUUCUACUCCAAUCAGUCUACAAGCUUGACGCCCCGGGACCUAGAGCAUCUCAUCGAACGGACGUCCAGCAAGACCGUCUCUCGAGCCGUCAAACAUAUCACAGUCCAUGCCACAAAGUUCGCUGCUAUGGAUUGCGGCAAUGACGACGAAAGGCUUGUUGCUGAGCUGGCCACAGCUUUGAGAAACGUUGGCGCUUUGGGCUGCCUAGAAAUCAGCCCCCAAGAGAGACGCUUUCGUAAAUGCGGAACGAAGCAACGACGCCCAGAGUGGCAACCGGCGGACGCUCGGGAGUUUCAGUCGGAAACUGCGCGGGCUGGGGUGGGUCUUACAAUCGUCAUGUCUGCGGUUGCCCGCAGCGGUGUGUCCAUCAACGAGCUGAAAGUCUUUUGUUCCCCGGUGUCGUACGGAAGUGUGGUACAGACUGUUUUCUUGACCAAUCUUCUGCCAAAGCUAAGCGAAAAAAAUUCGAAAUUCGAAGCGGCCGUCAAAGACGUGGAGAAAUUGUCAAUUAGCCUGGGUACGAGGAGAAACCCCAAAGAGGUCCCGCUCCGACUGGGUAGUUACCCAAUCAUUCCAUAUUUGAGUGCCACCGACCGCAGGGCACUUGCCAAAGAGAACUUUCCUGGUCUCGCUGGAUUGCUUGGGUACAUGCAUAAUCUCAAGACGCUGGAGAUACAUCUGCACAACACGUUGAAGGGGAAGACAUUUGCAUACAGCGAACUGUUUGACUUGGUUGCAGACCAAGUAAAGUUACAGAAUCUGAGGCAGCUGACUCUCGACAUGGUUCCGGUCAGCGAAGCGUCUUUUCUCAAGUUUUUGGCCAACAGUCCAGACAUCGAGGACCUGAGCUUGCGGUUCGUGCACAUCAGACAGGGCUCCUGGGAAUCAUUUAUGAGUAAAAUCACCAACCCCUUGACAAAACUGCAGCUCGACUGCAUCUCAGAUGAUGGGCGGGAAAGCAUCAGUCUCUGGCCAGAUGGCCUACCACGCAUGCAGGAAGAGGAGUUAGACGUUCCCCAUGACGAUGGAGAGAAUGUCAAUGCCUCAUCUCUCGACAGUGCUAAGAAUCUACACAAGAGAGAUUUCAAUACCGAGGAAAUACGACAAGGCCUGGUUUUCAGGUAG